GCAGUGACAGAGCACCGCGCCCACGUCUUGGGAAGCCACCUGUCGAUCAUCCGCUCUGUAAAGUAACGUUAUUAAAUUGUCACUUUGCAGUUUGAUCUCUCCUAUUAUAGGUCAGCUCUGCGCGACAUAGACCAGACCUUCGAGCGACAUCGUGUAUGCCCUCAUGACAACUGCCGUCAUUGCAACUGAACACGCGCCCAAUCUUCGGUCCCUCGAGUGUCCAAAACAAGCCCACCAAGUCUUCGGGUUCCUUUCAACACCCCGAGACUCUUCUUUGGCCGACUCCAUUCCGUAGCUUUGCUGGUUUUGGACCAACAUGGCUACUCCAGAGCCCGCCCCCUUGGGGAUGGGAGGCGAAGCGCAUUGGGCGAUGGCUGUUAUGUGGACGUUUACAGCCUUCGUUUUCCUAUUCCUCCUCUUGCGAAUCUACACGCGCGUGGUCUGCCUUUCAUCAUACGGACUCGACGAUCACAUCUAUGUCGUCGCCUUUGUGUUCCUCCUAAUAUUCAUCAUAUUCGUACAACUCUCGGCGCAAAUUGGCUUUGGCGUUCAGAUCGAGUAUCUGCAGCAUGACAUGGCUCGAGUGACCAAAGCGACGCUGUACGAAUGCAUCGGGCAAGGGUUUGCCAUUAUCGGCAUGUCCAUCGCGAAAGCAUCGCUUGGCGUGUUUUUAUUGCGUCUUGUGUCGCUCCAAUGGCACAGAAUCUCCGUCUACGUGGCCAUGGGAUUGCUUUGCUUCUGGCUCUCCUGCGUCCCUUUGGCGUUUGUGUACGACAAGCGAAUUCCAGGGGGGCAUUGUCCCAUUGACACGAGGCCGACAUCAUACAUCCUCUGCGUCACCACCAUCCUCGUCGAUGCGUACUUUGCCCUGUUGCCAUGGCCGGUCGUCUGGGACCUUCAGAUGCCGAGACGCGAGAAGUACACGAUUGCGUUGAGUUUAAGUCUGGGUCUAGUAGCCGCUGCCGCCGGCAUCAAGCGAACGACGACCGUGGAGGGGCUGUAUACGCCCAACUAUCUGUACGACAGCGUCGGCCUGAUCGUCUGGUCGGCGGUUGAAAUGGCUGUUACACUCAUCUGCAUCGGUAUCCCCGUCUGCAUGCCACUGUAUAGGCGCGUGUGGCGCCGCCUGAACAAUGAGCAGUCGUCGUCAGGCUAUCAGAAACAGUCUGGCGACCAGGAAGGCUCGUCGAGUGUCGCACUUCGAACCAUUGGCGGCGGCUACAUUGGCAAGGAUGGGCAGGUCUUGCCGGCGAACAUGAACAAGAGCAAGGGCAGCAGCCACAACAAGAGCUUUGAUGUCAAAUUGGGCAUCAAGAGCGGGGCCAACCAGACGACGGUUGGACGAGGCGGAUCGAGCGACACGGUAGCGAACACCUCGGAUGAAGAGAUUUUGGGGGAGGCAUAUCGACAUGAAGCCCGGCAUCAGCAGCCACAAGGGCUUUCAGCCCAUCGUGGGCGUCAACCGUCCGAAGGCAACGGACACCGUGGCCAGGGCAUCGUCGUGACCAAGACGUACACGAUCAACAAUUGA